CCCGCACAGUUUACAGUACACCUAAUGAACUAGCAUUAACAUAAUGGCGUGAUAGUUAUUAUUUUCGAAAUUAAAAAAAUCCUAAACGCAUAAAACAAUAGCGUUUAUUACAAUAUUCCGCAAAUAUGACGUGUCGAUACAAUAUUAUUAUAAUAUUUUCGGUGCUGAUUUUGUAUUCGAAGAUUCGGUUUUCUGCCCAGAAACUGCUGCACGGCCCGUACCAUCCGUUACCCGUUUUCGAAAUUUGCCCAAGGUAAUAUGAUUAUAGAUUUUAUAUUUGUAAUAAAUGUAAAAUAAAAAAAAAAAUUGGCUGUUUUUAUAAAUACAAAAAAUAACCGUACGCACAGAACAGUAUACGUAUGGCCGUGAUAUUAUCGAACGUGUCGAAUUAAACGUUCAUGUCCUCCCACGUAUUACCAAGUCGGACGAAACCGUUCUUAAACAAAAGCUGUCCUAUAGGAUUAUAGGGUGGGGCGUAGCCACUGUUUUAGAUGGGAAGUAAAGAAGGUAGGAUUUAGACGGGUAUUUAACCAUUGCUAACGAAAAACGAUUCUGGGCGGAGUUCGGUUAAUAAUGUUGCUUUGUCAACGAUUCAAUAAUACAUAAGUCAUAUUACGGUAAAAUAAUUGCAUAUUCAUUAACCAUUUUCUUUAAUAAUAUUUGUUUAAUAUUGUACCUAUUUUCCCGUCCUCACGCGAAGGUUCUCCCAUUUAUCGGGAAAACUCCUGGAAAAAUCAAAAAAUGACAUCCUUAAAAUACUUAAAGCAAUCAAAAAGUUUCGCACAAGUAAUAAAAAAAAAAAAAUAAACAACUUAGUAAACUAUAAGCUUCUUCGCUCCUCUCAGAAUCUAAAAAUCAUCGGUUAAUAGGACGUUAUACCCACAUCUACUGUCUCAGUCAAACUACCGAGUAACAUACAAUAACAAUGCGUGCGCAGAAUAAGUAAAACUAGCUUAAUUUUGAGUUUAGGGUGAAAAUAUCUAUUAUGAAAUUUAUAGAAAACAAUAUUUUGAAAGGAAUGCCAUAUUAUUUUUAUUUUUUUAUUAUUAUUUUUUGAAUUAUGAGCUAUUAAAAAAGUUACAGUUAUUUAAAAAAAGGAAAAAAUAAAGGUGUUUGUAUCUUUUAUAUCGAGCUGUAUAUUUUGAAUAAUAAAACCCUAUGACAAUCCCUCCAAAAUAUUGUUCUCUAUAAAUUUCAUAAUAAGUACUUCAACUCUAAAAUCAAAAUUAAGCUACCUUUACUUAUUCUGCGUAAACAUUGUUUUUGAAUGUUACCCGGUAGUUGGGCUGAGAUAGUUUAAUAUGCAGGUAUAACCUCCUCUUAAGUAUAUACUAGGACAGUAGGUAUACAUCGUUCACACCAUUAAUAGGUAGUGGGCUAUAUCCUGUGAAUAGGCUAAAAAUCAUUCCAAACGAAAAACGUAAAAAUAAAUUACACAAUAUUUAUGUUCUCAUAAAACCAAAUUUAAAGCCUAAGAAGUGCUUGUAAGUGUUUAAUAAGUAUUAAUUUAUUAAGUAUAAGGUAAAAAUUGUGUAUCAAUUAUUUCCCACUGAAUGAAAAUAAAAAUAAAAAAAUUAACAUCAUUAUAAAACCAUGGCAUUCCUCGCUCCACGAAAAAUCUAAAAAUAAAAAAGAUAGAAAUUAACAGACAAAAUAUUAUGGUUUAUACAAAUUUGAUAAUAAAUUAUUAUAACGCCAAUAAAAAUAUACGACAACAUUCCAAACAUUUUUUUUAUCCCUACGAUUAAUUCAUGAGUUAUGUCAUAACAUUUUAUGACUUUUUAUUACCCUUUUAAUUUUUUAUCAAAUGUUCGAACAUUUUUCAACAGUCAAAACAAUAUUAUCCACUUAAAACCAAAUAAAAACUGAUCAACUAAUUUAAUAUCACUAAUUUAACGAACGUGCUAUGUCAACAGUCGUAUAUAUUGUCAAGGUGAACUACUACCAACUGUGGAAUCGUCCAACAUACUUACCGCAUUUCAGAACAUGAUGAUGAUUCGGAACCCAUCAGAUGUAAUAGAAAAUUUUAACAAAUUGAAAGCCCAUGGUUAUAAUGGAAGCAUUCCAUUUCCAAUGCUAAGAAUGUUUAUAAAAGAAAAUUUCGUAGUUGAGCAUGGCGUGUUAAUAAACUGGUUGCCGAUUGAUUUCAAAAACUACCCACUGGUCAUUGGUUUCAUACAAGACAUUCAAUAUAAGUAAUAAUAAAAUAUGUAUUCUUAUAAUUUGGCAAAAACGUGCUUAGGUACAAACAUUUUUUGAAUGGAUGACAAAUAUGAAAUAAUACAUGAUACUAAUAUUAUACGAUGCGAUUUAACAUUUAAUUGUCAACGAUAAAAAAAAACCGGACAUACAUCUCACCUUGGAUAGGCAGCUAUUAUAAAUGGGUAGUAGCAAUGGAUAAGGCAGGAUAUAUGAUAAUCUAAUUUUUUUAUAAUGAAAGUGACGAUAGAGAACAAAAAACUAUACUGAGGAGAGCUCAGGUUAAUUAGAUACUGAUUACAGACAGAUACGUCGUCGUUUUUUUUCGUCUAACCAAGAGAACACAGAAAAGAACAUGAGAAAAACAUAUGCUUGGUAUUCAAGUGUGAGCUCCCAUAUGUGGAUUGAAAUUUUAAAUUCCGAUUUCGAGAUUUUGUCUGACCACAUAUAGCAGUGGCGUAUUUAAGAGAGGAGAUUAAGGAGUUGUGUCUCCCCCUUGACCUUCUUUUAGUAACAAUUAUUCGUAUAAUUACCUAUAUUUUGAAUUUAAAUGUUUAUACUUUUUAGUAAGAAAAAUCAAAACUGUGCUGGUUCCUAGGAGAUAUACGUGUAUAUUUUUUUUUGUUUAAAACGAAAUCCAUAUAAACCAGACAAAUAAGUGGGGGGUUAUAGAUUAGUUCACAAAUAGUAAAUAAACUAAUAAUAAUUACCAAUACCUAGUUAAUUUAUUUCAAUGGUAACUUUAGGGCAGAUUGGGUUGUAAAUUACUUACAAAAAUAUAUAAAAUUGAUCUCUUUUUUAGACAUUUAACCGGUAUACGUUACGCAAUAUGACACAAUUUCCAAAUUCAAUAUCUCACUACAUGGCAAAAGACCAUUAGACCAUAGGUGGCCAUAAGUUCAGAAUUUCCGAUCUCCAAAAAAAAAAAAAACACUCAGAAUCGUAUUAAAAUUCAUUGAAUAAAUUAAGUACGAAGUAUUUGAUCUUAAGAAAUAGAAAUCAGAACUUUGAUAUUUCUAAUAUACUUAUGCAAUAAGUAUUCCUUGUUUGCAUUAAUUGAAUCGUCUAUCGAAAGCGAUACUCUUUUUGAAAGUGUAAUUCAUUGUAUUGUUUUACUGAAGGGAAUUCGCAGCGGCAUUAAACCAGAUGUGGUUGACUCUGGCCAAAAGAAUAUCCGUAAGUGUCCGGGACAAUCCAGAACGUUAUUCUAUGAUAUACGUACCGAACGGAUUCUUUUUAAACUCGGAAAAUGACAACGAGUUCCAAUAUUGGGACACGUAUUGGAUAAUCAAAGGUACCUGCAUUUAGCAAAACGGGUUUUAAAACGAAUUUUGUGUGAAUUAAAAAAAAUUAACAAUCAUAUUUUAUGUAUGAAAUUACACUGUAUGUACCUGCGUAAUAAUAAUAUAACGCACAAAACAAUACUUCUGUCCUAUAUCAUUUUCAUUGUUUAUUUUAUUAUUUCAACUAUUUUUAUUCAUUUAUUCGCGUAACAUAAAAAUUAAAAAUAACACUGUUAUUAACAAUAAUAGUUUACGUCUUUACGUAUGCGGAUCGUUUUAAAUUUAAAAAAAAAAAAAAAAAAAAAAUGAAUAUACCUACAAAUUGAAAAAGUUUACUUUUUAGGUACAACACGUCCAAUCAAACAAAUAUGCGCGCUGAAAAAGGCGAUUGGAUUUUAUAUAAUGUACGGUGAACUUUUUUUUUUUUUUUUUUUUUUUUCUGUAACGGCGAAAAACGAAUUCUGAACAUAAGUGUUAAGUGUACCCGAUGUUGUUAUAAUACUUUAACGAUUGCUUGAACAAUAAAAUUCUCCAUAUCAUGUCUGUUAAUUUAUUCAAUACAAUCUAAACAGUUAUCUUUAAAAAGUGCAUACUUAACUUCUUUGUUAAAUUAAUUAUCUCUGAAAAAUGAUCAAUCGGAACUUUUUGACCGUUUUUUUUUUCACCGAUAUAAACGUAAUAUUUCGUAACGUAAAUUAAUAAAAACUCACGCACAAAUUCGUCGAUUAUUUGAUCCAUACAAUACUGUAUAAAAAAAAAAAAAACAAAUACUUUCAAUAGCAUUGUUUAUUAGGAGCGUUGAUAUGUGGAAUGCGAAAUACCGUAAAAGGGAUUUUAGAAAAUUUGAUACACAUGAUUAAAAUAAACGGUUAUGUAAUGUACGGUAAUAGAGUGUACUACGGCGGUAGGUCGCAACCUCCGCUACUCAUUCAAAUGAUGGCUGUUUAUUACACGUUCACCAACGACAAGGAUUUCAUAUUCGAGAACAUCGAGGUAAAAAUUAACUCCAACAAUAGUGGUAAUAAUAAUCAUUAUCGUUAUCGUUGUUUAUGGUAAUAAUUUUAACGGCGCCAACCGCGCCGUUUUCAAAACAUGCGCCAGGUGCUGUCCGAUGAGACAAUCGGACCUACGACAAUUGAGCGCAGGCAACUGAGCGCCGGACGAUCGGGCGAGGAGAACUGAGCGGGGCGACGAUAUUAAGCUCGAUGAUAAUUUUUUUUUUUUUUUUUUCAAAUAUACAUAGGAAUAUAUUAUGACGUGUAUUGUAUUUAAUGUAUAGAGUUUUGAAAUAAUUAUUUUUCAUAAGCGCUUUAAAUGUUCGCGUCGUCACAGUACCGUUCCUACGUCCGGUUUCUCGAAUAGACGUCGUAGAUCCAUAUAUAUAUAUAUACAUGUCAUUAUUAUUUCAUGUUCUUCGCGAUAUCGUUAUCACUCGGAUCAACGGUACCUAUCGCCUACCGUAUCUGUUAUGCCCAUCAUACCUAUCAUAAUUAUCGUCUAUUUCUCACAUGCACACAUGAUAACGGUCCUAAAUAUUAACUUGUGGUACUUGUGGUUUUUUUUUUUUUUUUUUUAUUAAUUACGUGCGAUUAAACACUAGUGACGCUUCAACACUAAUUGUUAAGCAUUUUAAACGUCCGAAAGUCAACGAUAACACUGCAGCCACCGUCGUUCUAAUUUCUUUUUGAUCGUUAUUCGUGUUAUUUAUAUUUGAUUAUUGAUUCUCUCAAACUGAAAUCGCGUAUGGUAAAUGCAAAUACAAUACGCGACCGUAUUCAAUAAUAUCUAUAUUUAUAUUCGUUUGAUAGUUUCUAGACGAUGAGAUGAUGUUCUGGUUGCUGUACAGGAGCAUGUACGUUAAGAGCAACGGUAAUACAUAUAUUAUGGGACAUUAUAUGAGCGAUACAACUGAUCCUCGUCCGGAAAAGUAUGCGUACGUAUUUUUUGUUUAACACAUAGCCACAAAGUACUAUGGCAAUUAUUAAGUCGUUCAAUUCUGUGAUAUUACGUUUACGUUUAAAGAUUUGACAUGAAAAUAGCGAAAAAUCUACCCCAAAAAAGAGAUCGAGACGAAUAUUAUUGUAGAGUAAAAGCGGCCAGUGAAUCCGGCUGGGGUAUUUCAAGCAAACACUUCCAUAAUCGGGUUGAAUUUGAAAACAGAGAACGUAAAUAUUUCAUGAUAUCUUAGCAUUUAAAUAACUGUAUUGAAAUUUUAAGUAGUCGUCUUUCAAUCCGAAAUUGCAUUUCACGUUCAAUGUCAGUUUUAAUGUCGGUAAGGUUUUUGAAAUUCAAACUAUGUAUUGGCAAACGUAUAAUGUAUUUACAACUUAAUUUUGUAUUUUUCUCAAAAAAUACAGACAGAUACGGUCAAAAAUUAAUGGAAAAAAGUUCAUAAAAGAUGGCCAUAUUUUGGUCGACCUACGUAUAUUAUUAAUUUCUUACGUUUUCUUAUUCUUGUCGUUGCGGCUAAUACAAUAUUUUCCAUAUAUUGUGUAUUUUCAAAUUGCUUAUACAUUUAUAAAUUUAAAGCAUAUCUUCGGUACUAGCCAUAGUGAUUUGUGUUUACAGUGAUGUAUUUGAAAACGAAUCCGCUGAAUUUUGUGUACGUCGAAUUGAAUGCUAUAUUACAGUCAAACAGUGCUAUCCUUUCAAAAAUGUACCUCCUAAAAGACGACAAGGUUAAUGAGGAAUUUUAUAGAAAACUCGCUCAACGUUACCAGAUUGGAAUAAACUCAGUAGGUUUCUGUUUUUUUUUUUUUUUGAACGCAUAUUAUUACUUAUGGGUAUUAUUAAGGAUAUUAUAUUUGUUUGUAUAAUACACAGUUAUUAUGGAAUGAAAAAGAAAACAUAUGGUUGGAUUUCGACAGUUCGAUUGAAAAUAGCAGAAAUAAUUUUUACGCGUCUAAUUUAGCACCUUUGUGGACUUUCAGCUACGACAAUAAAUUGAGUGAAUUCUACGGCGAUGCAGCGGUCGACUACCUAAUAAGAAACAACAUUAUAAACUCCGACUUGACGCCACGUUACAUAUGUGAGUUAUGAAUAUAAUAAACGUAAAUUUGAACAUUAAUACUAAAAAUUUGAAGAAAAAAAAACCUUUAAUAACGAUUUUAAAAAGCAGCUCAUAAAGCGCUCGAAAUUUGAUAAAAAAAAAAAAAAAACCUUGGAAUACAAUAAAUACAACCAAUUAUACAAACGAAAUAUUUUCUUCGUAUGAAGAUAAAAAAAAACCAAAACCAAUAAUAAUUAAAACGUUACAGUUAUUAUAAUAUUAGGUACUCUAAGUAUAAUAGACAAUACAAUAUAUCCACACACAACGUAGUUUAACAUGGCUGAAAUAUUUUGUUAAGUAUACCAUAAAACACAUUUAAAAAGAAAAGAUUCUAAACGUCAAAAAGUAAAAUAAAAAUUCAAAACUGAAUUUAUUCUUUUUAUAAUUUUAAUUUUUGUACUGAUAAAGCUAUGGUUUGCAAUACGUUUAAAUAUAAAGAGUAUUUGAUACAAAUGUACAGCCCUAAUAAUAACUGUCUAUAUGUUUUGUGUUUUAUGUUGUUGAUAAUUUAAUUAAAUAUUACUGCACAUUUAAGUCAUUUUAAACUAUAACCUUCCUGUAGGUUACAAUAUAAUCGUAUUAUAAAAUGCAUUUUGUUUUUUAAAUUUUUAGACCUAAAUUUUUUUUUUAUUGUGUUAUAAAUAUAGAAACAUAAUGUAGCAUUUCGUACAGUUAUACAUUUGAAAAUAUUGCGGAGAUGCAAAAUAAUAAUUGUACUUGAUACCUAAAUAUUUAGUUGGUGUUAGGUAAUUAUUUCUUUCGAGUGUCUUUCCUUAUCCGCAAUCAAAUGCUAUUAAAUUUUCAUUAAAUACCACCAGCAGUGGCAAAUUACCCGUAUAAAUACAAAUUAUUUUAGUGCUCCAAAAUUACAGAAUCCAACAUGACCAAAAAAAAAAAAAAACGUCGAUUUUUGAGACAUUUUUCCGAUAAAAUCACUAAAAUAUUACGUCUCUAUGAAAUAUUCACUUAAAGGCAUUCCGACGUCUUUGUACAAAUCCGGUCUAGAAUGGGACGAUACCAACUGUUGGCCACAGUUACAGUCGAUGAUCAUUUUCGGAUUACAAGCGACUAGAAGUGAGAGAGCGAAAAUAGUAGCGUCAAAUUUCGCUAGUUCUUGGAUGCACACAAAUUUUGUAGGAUAUAAAAACACGAACUCCAUUUUCCAGAAGGUAAACAAAAUAAUAAUAUCGAAAACAGCUCAAUUAUAGAUUCGAAAACCAGACAAACGUUUUAAUAAAAAUAACCGUUUUAAAAUAAUUACAGUACAGCGCAGUUAAAUUGGGCAGUGAAAACAAUGAAGGGGAACUAUUUGAUAUCAUGCAGCCAAAAGCAAACGGAGUGUCAAUGGGACUGCUGUUUGAAAUUUUUCAUGAAUGGGGGAAUGUUUUGGAAAGCAAACAGCCCUGAGGACGGAAAUCGAUAGAAUAUUAAAUAUUUUUUGUAAAAAAAGUAAAUUAUGAAAAUAUAAUAUUUUCCCUCUGUAUUUUUGCGGUUCUAUACAGUUUGGUCGUGG